GGCGGGGCGGGGCCGGCGCUCCGCUCCCUCUCGCGCGCCGCUCGGCUCCUUCACAGGGUGACACGUCUGCGGUGAGUGAGUGGCGUUGGCAGCCUGUCAAUCCCUCACCGGAGCGGCCAUCAAACAACAUAAAACACGCGCGGGCACCGGGCGCGGGGCUCAUAAAUUCCGGCGGGCCGAUAUUUUUGCACAUUGCUUUGCAGAGAGUGUGUAAUUAAUUUUUUUACAGUUCUUUCCCCGUUAUUUCCGCUCUUUUCUUUGCACAAGUUCAAACUUUUGAUUGCUGCUGUCUCACCCCCGUGCACAGACUUGGGAUCGUUUGUUAUUUGGGGGGGAGGGCGAUUAAUUUUUUUUUUUCCCUCUGUGAUUGUGUUUUCUUGGCUUUUUUAUGUUGCAAUUUGGGGGUGGGGGUGUUCGCUGGUUUGUUGUGGUUUUUGCUGUUUGCACCCUCCCAACUUCUGAAGGAUUUGAAAGCGAGUUUUUUUGAUUUUGUAUUUAAUUUUUUUUUUUAAUUUUGCCUUUUUGCAAAGAAGAUUUUUGGACAAGUGGGGAAAGACAUAAAAAGCAACAAUAAAAAUAAAAAAGGAAAAAAAAAAAGCUUUGGAGGAAGAUUGUACCAGGAAAACCUCACAGAAAUCUGCUCAGCUCAUUUAUCCGAGGCACCAAUAUGAUGAUGAUGAAAGAAGAUUGUAACUAAAGAAGAGAGUGAUUUACUGCCCUGGGAAGGAGAAGAGAGUGGAAUAAACAGCUGAGAUCCGGUCAAAACACAAAUACUACAUUUUUUUUGUUAUUGUUUUGUUUGGCUUUUUUUUUUUUUUUUCUCUUUUUUCGUGGUGUGUGUGCAGAGCGCGGUCAGGAGCGCGGCACUGGGACUGAGCGGGGCAGGCGCUGCCGUGACCGCCCGGAGCGCGGCCCGGCCCGGAGCCAUGGACGAUCAGUCCAGGAUGCUGCAGACUCUGGCCGGCGUGAACCUGGCCGGGCACUCGGUGCAGGGGGGCAUGGCCCUGCCGCCUCCCCACGGACACGAAGGGGCUGACGGCGACGGCAGGAAGCAGGACAUCGGCGACAUCCUCCAUCAGAUCAUGACCAUCACUGACCAAAGCCUGGAUGAGGCACAAGCAAAGAAACACGCCCUGAACUGCCACAGGAUGAAACCCGCCCUGUUCAGCGUCCUCUGCGAGAUCAAGGAGAAAACAGGUUUGAGCAUCCGAGGAGCCCAGGAGGAAGACCCUCCCGAUCCUCAGCUAAUGAGACUAGACAAUAUGCUUCUGGCAGAAGGAGUCUCAGGUCCGGAGAAAGGUGGGGGAUCGGCGGCAGCAGCUGCAGCCGCAGCAGCCUCUGGAGGGUCUUCAGAUAACUCUAUUGAACACUCAGAUUACAGAGCCAAAUUGACCCAGAUCAGACAAAUCUAUCACACAGAGCUGGAGAAAUAUGAACAGGCAUGUAAUGAAUUUACCACUCAUGUCAUGAACCUCCUCAGAGAACAGAGCCGGACACGUCCCAUUUCUCCCAAGGAGAUUGAAAGGAUGGUGGGCAUCAUUCAUCGAAAAUUCAGCUCCAUCCAGAUGCAGCUCAAACAAAGCACUUGUGAAGCAGUAAUGAUUUUAAGAUCAAGGUUCCUUGAUGCCAGACGGAAAAGGCGUAACUUCAGUAAACAAGCCACAGAAAUCUUGAACGAGUAUUUUUACUCCCACCUCAGUAACCCCUACCCCAGUGAAGAAGCCAAAGAAGAGCUGGCAAAGAAAUGCAGCAUCACGGUAUCACAGGUGUCCAACUGGUUUGGCAAUAAGAGAAUCAGGUACAAGAAGAACAUUGGGAAGUUCCAGGAGGAAGCCAAUCUCUAUGCGGCAAAGACGGCCGUGACUGCAGCGCACGCCGUGGCCGCGGCUGUCCAGAACAACCAGACCAACUCCCCCACCACACCAAAUUCUGGUGGAUACCCUGCGUCAUGUUAUCAAUCAGACGGGAGGAUACAAUGAUGGCUUGGGAGGAAAUUCACUGUACAGUCCACAUAAUUUAAAUGCUAAUGGAGGCUGGCAGGACGCAACCACUCCAUCUUCUGUGACUUCCCCUACAGAAGGGCCGGGAAGUGUGCACUCGGAUACCUCUAACUAAUCUCCUAGCAACACUUUUUCCCUGAGCUGAGAUGCCUUGAUUAGCGCAUUCAGAGUUGCAGGAGAAAAAGGAAAGAGUUUUUUGUAGCCAACCACCUACAGCUUUACUGUAAAACCUUGUCUUAUUAGAAAACUUGGUAAAUCUGUUUUUUAAAGGUAUCAUAAUCAUUUGUAUUUAUACUUAAAACACACAAUGUUAAAAAGCACUUUAUCCAAUUAGGCCAAGAUUUAGCAUUGUUUAUAGCCCUGUAACUAUUUUAUCAUAAUUUAUUAUCAGCAGUUUUAACGAUGUUGGUCUAACAGUUGCCAAUUACUUGGCCUUAAGGGUAAAAGUACAGGACAAGCUUAACCUCAGUAGCAAGAGCAGACACAAAGAACCGCCUCACCCAAAUUUAAUUGUGUGCAUAUUUCCAUGGAAAGUCGACAGGAAUCACAGACUUUGAUUGUGUUUCAUCUUUUCAUAUCUCUCACAGAGCUGGAAUAAAAAGAGCUGUUCAGUUAUUUCGGUUAACAAUGGUCGUGUUUAAGAAUCCUUAUUCGUCACAUUUUUGUUGAGAUCUAUUGUCUUACAAAUUAGAUUGGAAACCAGGAGCAUCUUUUCUUGCUAAAGCCCCCCCCUCCCGGCACCCGAGCCUCCCCUCGGAAUCCCGGCACGGACACAGGUUGCUCUUGGGAGAUGCCGACUCUUGCUGCUGGUCUCUGUGCACGCCACCACCCGGGGUUUUACAGUACGAGCUGGGUGCUACCCACGCCUGCCAAGGGCUGGUGCCUCUGCUUGGCAGCAAACCACAAACAAAGGAAAAGGAAAGGAAAGAGCACCGUGAUAUGGAGUGUUGUACAUAGUGUAGCAAAAGAGUAUUUAUACAUCUCACCAAUCAAACACAGCUUUAUUACCUCAUGCGAACUCAUACAAACCAAUAGACUUUCAACAUGUUCUGUAGCUUAGAGUGCUCACUUACUACCUCUGAACGAUACUCACGCUGUAGUUUGUCUCUUUCUUAUCUUUUUGCAUCUUGUAAUUAACUCUUUGUUUCCCCACGAAAUGUAAUGUACAUUGUAAUCUCCUACAAAUCAGGGUUGCCUUGGCAACUGCUAAAGAAGCGGAAGUGGAAACAUGGGGUCUUAGGUUGGACACAAAACAGUGCAACUGUUGUAAAUACUGAGAAGCAUUUUGAAUGUUCUUCAUCUUGUUACUAAUACACGCAAAAACCAACAACUAAUUGUAAUGCAUACAGACUUCAGUAUUCAGUACUGUACAUCCCCCUGGAUUGCAGGGGCUCUUUCUCUCUCUCUUUUGUAUUGUAUGCGAUUCUGAAACUGAUUGAGUCAUGAAAAUAAUUUGUGGCAGUGAUUCUAAUGUAUUAAACCGUUUCGUGUUACUUUCUAACUGGAUUACACCCUGGAUUGAAAAGUCUUCCUCGUGGUAGUUAUAUGUAGUUUCAAACAUGAAUAAACUUUUUGCUUUCAUG